UGGGGAAGGACCUGGCGUGUUGCUGGUAUUUAAGGCAUUCUAUCAAUACGGUUGUACGUUCAAAUUAAAUAGAUCUAAUUGGCUAGAUCAGGUAUCGCCUGGAAAACGCGGGGGCUGUAUGCAGUGAGAGUAGCAUCGAAGAUACAGUCCAUAUACCAAGGGGGUGGCACGUAUAUAUAGUACACCAACCGAUAUUUAUGUAGGUAGCACUCACAAAUACAAAUACUUGGUUGCGGCGUCCCCUUUUCGCCUUCGAGGCUUGUUACUUCGCUCAGAUGCACUCGACGAAAGAAGUAGCACUCGAAUCCGGGAUGGAGGUUGCCCCAGAUCAUGCGAUCCCCGAGGUCGUUCCCCCGCAGCAUACUCACUAUAAAGGAUAUGAUAUAUCGCAAUGGCAGAAUGACAACGGCUCCGAAAAAAGGAUAUCUGGGUUGAGGAGGGAAACGUUCUGGUUGCUGGUAACACUAUGUGCCGUAGUUUCGUUGGCGCUCGGUCUAGGAAUGGGGUUGGGUCUGGGCUUGAGGAAUAAUAAUAAUGUUAAUAACACAGGAAAAGACGCGGACAGCGCAUCCAUAAGCAAUGCGAAUACCCUAUCAGCGUCCCUUACUACCUCGACGUCCGCACACAACUCCGUAGCUGCCGAAUCCGCCGACUCGGUUACCACCGCAACACCUACAUCCACAUCCACCAGCAGUACUAGGAGCUCAGGGACGACCUCGAUCGCGUCAUCAACGAUAACAUCGGUGGUAGAUUCUGGGUGUCCCGAUAUAAAUGGCACGACGACGUCGAUGUCGACAAACGGAAUAAAUAUAAUAUACAGGUUUUACUGCAAUAGCGACUUGACGGGAACGGACCAAGCAGCGUUGGUUACGAACUCGCUCGACGAGUGUGUCAGGUUAUGCGAUUCGCUAAACUGGAUGGAGAAGCGUAGAGACGUCGGCUCGGUCUGGAAUGAGAAAGGUGUUGUUGGACAGAAAGCUGGGUCGUGCUGGUGUAAAGGAGGCUCUAAUAUUCAGGUUACAGCGAAAUCUGGUAUCGUGGUAGCAAGUGCGCUGCCAUAGAGUAAAGCGGAAGAUGUGAUGUGCGGAAUAAUGAAAUAGAAG